AUGACAAUUUUAAUAUACGCAGCUCACCGAAAAAUAAUAUUGAUAUCGCCUAACAUUUUUAAUAGUUCUAAAAGUAACGAUAUUUUAACUAAUAGAGAUAAUAAUUUAAUUCCAUGUUGUUGUGGUAAGAGUUGCAAGGGUCGGAAGGGCUUGAAAUUACACCAACGUUCCUGCGAAAUGUUUAAAAACCUUAAAAAUGCACUAGAAAUCCCAGAGGAAUCUGACAAAAAUUUGGAAUUGUCGCCGCCGCCACAACGCGAACAAGCAUCCCUUGAAAGGUUGGACAGAACAUCAUGGAAACUCAUUGGAAUAAAAUUACCUAAGAUCCUAAAACAAUGGACGGAAGCAAAUACAUACUUCCGACUCCGCAGAGCGUCCUUACCAAAUGUAUUCGACAUCAUCAAUUUCACCACCUUAUUCCAAUCACUGAUUUACAAUUAUGUUGCAUCCAACUACGGCACCGUAAAGCCACAAGAUUUAUCGACAACACAACACCUUAAUAAAACAGUCAAAAACAUGAAGGACCUAAAACAGUUAAAAUUACUUGGCCGCAACGACCACAGUUUCGACAUGAAAAUCAGCACAUUAAGCAAACAAAUAAGAACAAAACUGUUAUCAAUGAAAAAUGCAAAACACUGA